UCUUUGAUUCGAAAAUGAUGGUGACUUGUUUGUGUGAAAAUAAUGUUCGUAAGAAAUAUUUUGAAAUCAAUAAUUAGUAUACGUGUUUCUUAGUAAUAUAUCGUGUUUUUUUGUUUAAUAAUAUCAAUAUCUCCUUUCUUAAUAAUGUAACCAAGAAAUGGGGGCGAAACUGUCACAUGGGUGUAAACUUUUAUGAUGUUACACAAACAUCAUGUUAUUUUUUAGAAAUUACCCUACCGAUUGUAACAGUUACUAGUUUAGAUUGUUGAUAUAAAAAUGUUUAAACAACAACUAUCUCCAAGGACUAUUCACCCUUACCAAACCACUAUGGUACCACGAAGUGAACAACAAUUUUCAUCAGCAUCACAACAGCGAGUAAAAUACCCGUGGACUGAAAAUACACCUGUGUAUGAAGUCGCUGCAGCGGACAGUUCUACUUCUGAUAAUGCUUACCAUCUUCCACAUUAUUAUAAUGGUACUCUGAGGGAGUAUGGUCCACCAUCACCAGUGUAUCAAACUCCAUAUAGCACAGCAACAGGUACCUGGCGGAACUACAGACGAGGAGAGAAAGUUCCAGUUCACAACGCACACACUUAUGCAUUCCCACCGUGUGCUUCAUCGUUUUCCCUGCAGUUAUGUGAAGCAGAUUCACAAACACAUCCUGUAAAUCGCUCACCGAUCCCACCAGUACCGUCCGUUAGUCCGGAAGUUCCUAUAAUUGGUGCCUGUGGAGGACAUUGCCCAGGAUUUGAAUAUGUGUGCUACUAUAUUUUACAAGUAAUAUUUGUAGUAGGAAUAUUAACUGGAAUCUCUUUAUGCAUUGCUGGCAUUGUGUUGAGACGCACAAACCGUAAUGGUGAUCUCGGAGUAUUAGUUUAUAUUGGCUGCCUGGCGUCGUGCGUGUGCGGCGUGCUGCUCGGCGUGCAGUGCUGCGUGCGCCGCGAGAUGCGUCAGCGCAAGCUGCGAGCCAACAUGCACAUACCAAUGCAAUCUAUACAGGAAGCACCAGCCGUAGCUUGCCCUUUGAUAACAUCCUCAACAUUACCUCACAGUCGAGUAUACAGGCCGACAGUGAGCGCGUACGAGGGCGACGUGACGGGAGUACCUUGGUGGCGCCGCACCGCAGACUGAUUAGCUUUAAGUAUAUUAUGAUGUAUUUACAAACUAAUACUAUAACUUUUUUAUUAUCUGUGUCCAAAUAAAACAAUGAUCUUAUAAUAAACGCUUUGAAAAUAUAAUUGUA